UCCCGCUCUGUCACAACUGAAACACUCCAGAAGAGGCACAAUGACCGAACCGCAGAGUCCCCCCAAGCUGAUGGCUGCUGGGGAGCAUCUUGGCGAAAGAGGGGGCAAUUACAAGAUCACCAUCUUUGAGCUGGAGAAUUUCCAGGGCAAGAAGCAGGAGUUGACAGAGGAAAGUCCGAAUGUGACGGAGGAAGCGCUGGAGAAAGUGGGAUCGAUCCAGGUAGAAUCAGGCCCGUGGCUCGGGUUCGAACGCCAGGCCUUCUGUGGGGAACAGUUCGUGCUGGAGAAGGGAGCCUACCCGCGCUGGGACUCCUGGUCCAACAGCCACAGCAGCGACAGCUUGAUGUCCGUCCACCCACUGCUGAUUGACACCCACGACCACAAAAUCCACCUGUUUGAAAAUGCUGGUUACAACUGGAGGAAAAUGGAGAUUGUAGAUGAGGAUGUGCCAAGCCUCUGGGUUCACGGGUUCCAGGACCGCGUGGCCAGCAUCAAAGCACUGAAUGGAACGUGGGUGGGCUACGAAUACCCCGGCUAUCGAGGUCGCCAGUACAUCUUUGAGAGGGGUGAGUACCAGCACUGGAACGAAUGGGACGCCAGCCAGCCCCAAAUCCAGUCUGUGCACCGUGUCCGGGAUCAGCAGUGGCACAAACACGGCUGCUUUGAGACCCCCUGAAGGGGACCUCAG